CCAUAUUUUUCUCUCUCUCAUAAAACCCUCAUUUCACUUUCUAGAAACUCCAAUCAAUCUCUCCCUUUUUUUCCUCUCUCUGAAACUUCUUCGCUAAGCUUUAAUGGCGGAAAUCGGAGAAACCAAAGCUCCUCAUCCCGAGGGAGGAGAAUCGUCGUUCAUGGAGAAGAUCGCUGAGAAGCUUCACUUCCAUGAAAGCCACGACCAGGAGAAGAAGCACGAUGAAGAGAAGAAGCAUGAGGAAGAGAAGAAGCAUGAUUCAUCGUCGUCUUCUUCAUCUUCUUCUUCCUCAGAUUCUGAAUCUGAGAAGCCUAAGAUGACGUCGUCUCCUUCUGCUCCGGUUCCUGCUCCUGCUGCUGCUUCUUCGUCUGUUGAAUCUAAGAUCCGCCGUCUUUUUGGCCGUGAGAAACCUGUUCACCAAGUUCUCGGUGGUGGAAAACCUGCUGAUGUGUUCUUGUGGAGGAACAAGAAGAUCUCAGCUACUGUAUUAGGAGCAGCUACUGCGAUUUGGAUUUUGUUUGAGCUGCUUGGAUACCACCUGCUCACUCUCGUUUGCCACCUCUUGAUUUUCUCCCUAUCAGUGUUGUUUCUAUGGGCCAAUGCUUCCAGCUUUAUCAACAAGUCGUCACCACCUCAAAUCCCCGAGGUUACACUCCCGGAGAACAUGAUAAUGGAAAUUGUUAGUGCUUUUGUGUCUGAGUUGAGACGAGGACUUAAACUGUUGCACGAUGUUGCUACUGGAAAAGAUGUGAAGCAGUUCCUUGCUGUCAUUGCAGGAUUGUGGAUAUUGUCAAUUGUUGGCAAGAGCUGCGAUUUCUUGACCCUAUUCUAUAUCAAUUUUGUAUUGUUGCAUACUAUCCCUGUUCUGUACGAGAAAUACGAGGACCAUGUUGAUGCAUUCGCCGAGAGAGCAAUGGGUGAGGCCAAGAAGCAUUAUGGUGUGGUGAAUGAGAGGUACAUUAGCAAGAUUCCAAUGGGACCUUUGAAGAACAAGAAGGCGGAUUAGAGAUAUUAAACAAGCCUUAUUCCACAAACAAGUGUUAGGUUUCCUAACUCUUGACUUAUCCAAAGGUCGUUGGUUGUGCUACUCUACCUUUGGCAUUUUCAUUUUGGCUAUUUGCAUUUGACUUUCGGUGCCUAAAAAGUGGUAUUGCUGGGUUUAGAUUGGAGUUGCCAGUUUUUGUAAGCUUUGUGGGCGUUGCUUUGUUCUUGUUUAUUGACAUUUAUGGCACAGUAGAGCUACCUAAUCUUGUUUAUUCGUGGACAUGGUUCUCUUGGCUUUGAUAGGUAAUAGUAUUUGCUAGAGUUUAGUUGUGAUGUAUCAGUCACAAUACAUUGAUCUGUUAUUACCCUUGUGCUAUGCUAAUUAUAUACAGUACAAUAUAUUUUGGUACCUGCUUAUUUUGA